GGGCGUGUUUUUUAGAAUAUGAUGCGAUGCGCUGUGUCUCGCGUCUCUGAUGCCAUGCCUUUUGGUCAUUUAAGGCACUUGCAGUUUGUGUAUCUACCACAAGAGGGCACGAUUAGCUAACAAAACAGUUAUAGUAAGAAGUAAAAUUGUCAUGGCAGGUCAGGUUCGAUCUCUCGUCGCUGCAAAGUGGCUUGCUGAAGCAAUCAAAAACAACCGAGUGGGACCUAGUCUCCGAAUUAUUGACUCCUCCUGGUAUCUUCCUAAACUUAAUCGUAAUGUUCAAGAAGAAUUCAACCACAAACAUAUACCCGGCGCCUCCUUCUUCGACAUCGACAAAUGCUGCGAUACAACUUCCACUUUUGAUCACAUGCUACCUUCCCAGACCGAGUUUGCUGAAUACGUGGGCAAUUUAGGAAUUAGUAAUGACACACACAUAGUCGUUUAUGAUACCAGCGAUUUCGGGGCAUUCGCUGCACCUCGGGUUUGGUGGAUGUUCAGGCUGUUCGGCCACGAGUCGGUAUCAGUGCUAAACGGGGGAAUGAAAAAUUGGCUGAAUGCGGGUAACACCGUUACUUCAGAGUACUCCAAACCGGAACAAGCAGAGUUUCGUGCAACUAUCAACGGCUCUUGGGUGAAGACCUACGAGGACAUGCUAGAGAAUUUAACAACUAAACAGUUCCAAGUCGUUGAUGCAAGGGCUAGUGGAAGAUUUCGGGGCAUUGAACCAGAGCCACGAGCAAACACAGAGCCAGGCCACAUCCCAGGCACCAUCAACAUGCCGUUCCCCAACUUCAUGGAUUCCUCAGGGCUGGAGAAGGACCCAGAGGAGCUGGCCCAGAUGUUCCGCAAUGCCGGAGUGGACUUGGAGAAGCCCUUCUGGGUCACCUGUGGCUCAGGUGUGACUGCUUGCCACAUUGCGCUGGCGGCGCACUUGUGCGGGCAUCCAGGUGUGGGCCUGUAUGACGGCUCCUGGUCAGAGUGGUUUACCAGGGCGUCACCGGAACACGUCAUCUCAGAGGGAAAAGGAAAGCAGGUGUGAAAACACCAGUGAGCUCUAAAGUGAAAAGCACAUAUGUAAUGUUACUACAUUUUGAGGGUCCACUCCUUUGUAUUGUAUAGUGGGAUAUAGUGGAAUACAGUGUACCACAGACGUUUUCAACAUCAGUGCUGUACACGUCUCCAAUGCAAAGCUUAUAUUUCUGGCCAAGGCCAAUAGUAUGUAUGGUAUGUAUGAAUAUGCAUGUUCAGAAAUGGUGUGUUGAUGGAUUUGACAAGCUCAAACUGUAUAGGUUUAGGGUAGAGUAGAGCAGGGGUAUGUGAAAAUAACAAAGUGCACUUUUGAAUACUGAUUUAACCUUAUUUCUAUCUUAGAAAUAAGUCUAUCUUCAUUAUCACUGCAUAGUAAUGUGGGGAACUGUUGCCACUAAUGCAAUUGCAAUGUAAUUGAAUGUUUAAAUGAAAGUGUUUUUGUUUAAAACUGAAUUAAAAUGUUAAUCAGUGGAACUGAA